AUGUUUUUGAUGGUCAAUAACACUUUUAUCCUUCUAAAAAUAAAGGAUAGUGCUAAAGCUUUAAUCAUUAGUAUAAUACAUUUUGAUGUCUUAAUGCAGGCUAGAGUAUUCCACUUCACUUCAGAAGUUUUGACACCCCCCUCAAUGCGACCGACCUUAUUCGCAGCAAUGUCUUCUUCCAAAAAGUUUGGAGGUCCUGUGUUUUUCAAUGUGAAUCUGUCGUUGCCUCUGUGGAAAUCGCGCGAUGAAACGAGGAAGUACAUCGACAGAGCCUGGAACGAAGCUGAUAUUAUCAAGUUUUCGAGGCAGGAAUUGGAAUUCCUUCUUGAUGAAGACAACUAUGCGAGGAAGAGGAACUACAGGCCCCACUAUUAUGCUGAGGAGUUUGAGCAAACCAAGAAGCGGAGAGAUUAUUACUAUUACACGCCUGAGGAAAUAUCUUCGUUAUGGCAUAAAGGACUUAAGUUCCUGUUUGUGACGGAUGGAACUCUUCCAAUUCAUUACUAUUCUCCUUCGUUUCACGGUGUUGUGAUUGGAACGGAAGCUGUGCUCAUAACCCCAUUCACUUGUGAUAGAACUGGUUCUAGAGAUGCAGUUGUAGCUGCUAUCAUGCGAAAGCUGACAACUCACCCCGAGAUGUAUGAAGACCAAGAUGUUUUGGAAAGGGAACUUCGAUUUGCAGUUGCAGCAGCAAUUAUAUCGCAGUGGACGAUCGGUGCUGUUCGAGGUUUUCCGACGGAAAGCGCUACUCAAAAUCUGAAGGAGCAGGUUUAUGUGCCUUCGAUGUGGUAGUAGUGUACAAAAUUGUUCAUCGUAUCGUAUGAUCUCGUUAGCGUUGAAAAUUUUGUCAAUGUAGGAAGAAUAUGUAAGAAGAAAGAUUGUAUCCAGCGUACACUAGUCUAGCAUUUGAAUUCACAUUACUCUUGCAAUUGUAGCAGAAACCAAAUACACAUGGGCUUUAGAAAUGGGAAUUGCUUUUGGAGCAAA